AUGAGCAGGUCGCUUGUGACGCUUACAAAAUCAAAGGAAUCGAUGACGGCAACGGCAGUUUUCCUGCUCACCUACUUCUUUGGAAUGGCCGCAUGUGUUUGGUGGAUCAUACUGUCACUAUCGUGGGUGCUUGCUGCCGCCUCCAAAUGGUCCAGUGAAGCGAUUGCCAGUUAUUCUGCUCAUUUUCAUGCAGUUGGUUGGCUUCUGCCAGCCGCUCAGACGAUCGUCGUGCUGAUUUUCAAUGCCAUUGACGGUGAUCCAGUGUCGGGUAUGUGUUACGUUGGUAACACUGAUGUGAAUCAUCUUCGUAUGUUCGUACUAGGACCCCUUAUCGUCUACUUCUCUCUCGGAGUGCUAUUCCUCUUUGUCGGUUUCUUCAACCUUGUACAAAAGCAGCAUCCUGGAUUGUGUAAUGCAUCAAAACUGACCAAUCUGAUGACAAAGAUUGGCACAUUCUCAGUGCUCUACACUCUGCCGGCACUGUUCGUUAUUCUCUCUCUAAUCUACGAGCAGCACCAUCGUCCUUUGUGGGAGCAGAGUAUCACCUGCACAUGUGCGGAUCGUAAACUGUCAGCAGAUGACGCCUCGUUCAUGUUGUCAAUGGUGAAAUCGUUUUGUAUGUGCGUUAUGGGAUUGACGAGUGGAGUAUGGGUAUGCAGCCGUAAAACGCUCAACUCAUGGGCGAAUGUUUUAUGUUGCUUAGGUAAGUUGCAUAGUAGUAAGCAACACUAG